AUGUCAGCAACCUCGGAAAAAUUUCAUUUCGUAUUUAGCCAUGAACUUGAAGAACGAAUUCAAAUCAAAAUUUCUUCAAUCGAUGGCGAUCGAACACAACCACAGCAACAGCAAUCACCAGUACAACCUACGAACGAUAUCUUUUUUUCCAAUAAUCCAUCAUUUAUACGAAAUUUAAGUGAUGUGAAACGUAGUGAACCUUAUGUUCUGUGCCAAGUCUUCUCCGAUGGGCAAUCACUAUGCAUGCCAGUUCAAACCUCCUAUAAAUCAUUCACUGAUAAAUGGAAUUGGAAUGAAUGGCUAACAUUACCAUUGAGAUACUGUGAUUUACCACGUCAUGCAAUACUCGCAUUAUCAAUUCAUGAAAUCAUUUCUCCUACACAAGUUCGCAUUAUCGGUAGUACAACUAUUUCGUUAUUUGAUUCGGAAGGAGUUUUUCGACAAGGAAUUUACGAUUUAAAAGUGUGGCCGAACGUUCUUCCGGACGUCAGAUUCAAAACGUCAACACCUGGUAAAAUUGAACAAACAUCAAAUGAUGAACCAAUACUCAGCAAUCAUACGAAUCAAACAAUAAAGUCAGUCUCGUCAGCGCCAGUGAUAGCUACAGCUAAUCUACAAUACAAUCGAAAACAGAUCACAUCUAAACCCUUGAAUAUCACCUGGAACGAUGACAGUGCAUAUCCAAUGUUAGACGAAUUAAGUCGAAUAGCAAAAUUAAUUAAAACUCAGUGUGAUGGCCAUACUAUCAACCAGGAAUGGCUUGAUCAAUUAGCACUGGCGAAAGCACGAACGUGUCUCGAUAAAGAACGUUCAACCUCGAAAUCGAUGUUGUUAUUAAUUGAAUUUGCACGAACGACAGUCGAAGAUAAUGAAUGCAUUGCACUUUAUUUUGAACCGAAAUGUGACGAUGUAUUGAAUUAUCCUAUUGGUUACACAGAUCUCGCUGUUUAUGAUCCUGAAAUCGAUCUCGAGAAUAUUGUGGAGAGUAAGCAUUUAAAAUUAUCUCGAAGUGCUCGAAAAGCAUUGGACAAAGACUUAAAACCAAAUCUGGAACAGCGUGAUAAACUUAUGCAAAUCUUAGCCUAUCCUCCGGGAUACUAUCUGUCUAUCGAAGAGCAAGAUCUAGUAUGGAAAUAUCGCUUUUUUCUCUCACAAUAUAAAAAAGCACUCGCUAAAUUUCUCCAAUGUGUACAUUGGGAUAAAGGUGAAGAAGUAAAACAAGCACUUGAUCUUCUGCAACAAUGGGUUACCAUGGAUACCGAAGAUGCACUCGAACUACUGGGACCGACAUAUCAUGAUCCAAAAGUUCGUUCCUAUGCUGUUGCAAGAUUACGACAAGCAUCUGAUGAAGAUCUUCUCUUAUACUUGCUGCAAUUAGUACAAGCUCUUCGAUACGAACGAUAUGAUUUGAUUAAUGCAAGUGUUAUCGAUUCGAUUCCAGAAGAACAAUCGAGUGUGUCAAAUGGGCUUUAUGAAAACUUUGCCUCUGCCAUAGGACAAUCGGAUUCUACAUCUAGUGAUUCAAGCAAAUCAUCAUUACCUGAAGUUGAUUUGUCGACAUUUCUCAUUCAGCGUGCAUGUGAAAAACCUGUCGUAGCAAAUUAUUUAUUUUGGUAUGCAUACGUUGAAUGUGAAAAUAAUAGUUCAUCAAAAGACAAAACUACCAGUGAAAUGUACCAAACAUUUGUUAAUCGACUCCUGUUAACCCUGAAAACCAAAAAUGAACAAACUCAACAAGUUCGUCUUUCAAUUGAAGCACAAAAGAAAUUUGUCGAUAAACUCGUGGAAUUAACAAACAUUGUCAAACGUGUUCAAGGUUCAGCAAAAGUCAAAGAAGAAAAAUUACGUAAUUUGUUAUUAGCUGGUGAUGAAUCGCCAGUGAAGUUUAAUUUUCUGAAUUUUGAUCCUAUUCCUCUACCGCUUGAUCCUGAAGUCCAAAUUCGUGGAAUCAAUCCUGAUAAAAUUAAAAUAUUCAAAAGUGCGAAAUUACCAUUUCUAUUCGUAUGUAAAACAACAAAUGACGAAGAAUACCCAAUUAUUUUCAAAAAUGGAGAUGACCUUCGACAAGAUCAACUAAUUCUGCAAAUCAUCAUGUUGAUGGACCGAAUUCUUCGCAAAGAAAACAUUGACUUGAAAUUAACACCUUACAAGGUCUUGUCGACAAGUUUGAAAUAUGGUUUCGUGCAAUUUAUUGAUUCUCAAUCGUUACGAAGAGUACUCGAACGUAGUCGUACCAUUCGUCAAUAUCUCCAAAGCAAAGCAAUAAUCACGAAUAGCGAAGAUGCAACUUUCAACGAUAUCGGGAUUCCUCACGAAGUUCUCGAUGCUUAUGUCAAAAGUUGUGCCGGAUACUGUGUUGUUAUGUACCUGUUGGGUGUCGGCGAUCGACAUCUCGAUAAUUUGUUAUUACGUGAUUCGGGUCAAUUGUUUCAUAUUGAUUUUGGCUUUAUCAUGGGCCGAGAUCCGAAACCACUACCCCAAGCGAUGCGUGUUUCGAAAGAUAUGAUGGAAAUGCUAGACGAUAAACGCUUUCUUGAUUUUCUACGGCAUUGUUUUACUGCAUUUAUUAUUCUUCGAAAACAUGCAAAUGUAUUUGCAAAUUUAUUUUCUUUGAUGCUCGAUGCAAAUAUUCCUGAUAUCGCUUUAGAACGUGAUAAAACAGUUAAAAAAUUACUCGAUAAAUUUCGUUUGGAUCUCGAUGAUGAAAAAGCAAUUAGUUAUUUGAAAGAUUUGAUUGAUUCAAGUAUUGGCGCUAUUGUCCCUCAAGUCUAUGACUAUUUUCAUAAUUUGUUACUCGCUUUUCGAUGA